AUGUCUCCUCAAGAAGGCAUUGUAUGGGCUCAAACAAGCACUAGAGCUCGGUUUGACAGUUUAGUAUUUACUUACUACACCUUGGUUUUCAACGCAAAGCGUUACACUCAUCAUUGUUUGUCGUUAAGAAUAGAAGAGGUAUUAUCUUACUUUCUAUAUGUGGAUGACAUUAUUAUCUUUGGAAGCUCGGAUGAGUUCAUUAGUGAUAUAAUUUGCCUUGCAAAAGAGUUUGCUAUGAAAGAUCUUGGACCAUUACACUUCUUCUGGGAAUUGAAGUACAUUAUUUCAAAGGCGGUAUCCAUCCGAGUCGAGGGAAGUAUCUUUAACGUAAUUGUCAAGACUAAUAUGGCACUUACAAAACUAGUUGGCACACCUUUGGCACAGAAACAUGGUCUACAACUAGCAACAGGAAACACAGCUGAUGCAUCAUUGUAUAAGAGUGUUGUAGGAAGUCUCCAAUAUCUGUGUCUAACUAGGCCUGAUAUAUCACAUGCAGUUAAUCUAGUUAGCCAGUUUAUGCAGGCUCCAAACACUGAACAUUUUCAGGCCGUAAAGAGGAUUCUUAGAUAUGUGAGAGGGACAUCAAACUAUGGUCUGAGGUUGCUAGCUAGAUCACCACUUAGAUUGUAUGGAUUCUCGGAUGCGAGAUUGGGGAGGUUGUGUAAUAACAAGGAGGUCAACCACAGUUACUCAAUAUAUCUAGGUGCAAAUUGCAUCUCUUGGGCCUCUAGAAAGCAACGUACGUUGUCAAGGUCCGAUCUUUGA